AUUCUGCAGCAUUAGGACGAUCAUUUAAAUAGGUCUGUACAAGGCGUCGUUAAUCAUUAUCCUGGAGACUCGUUAGGUCUGCUUUACUGAGCAAUCAGUGAUCAACUCAUACGUUUCAGAAUCUUUUAGAAAUAUCUGUCCUUUCACUGGCGCGCUCGGCAGCCUUAUUCUCUCCUAUUAUUUACCUACCCACUUCCUUACCAACAUCUCAGAUGCCAAUCUACUCAUGAUGUCUGAAGUCCGCCAGAGAGCCGGUGUCCCCAAGGACGCAUCUAGGUCCACUUCUACAACUAAAGACCGCGGUAAUGAUGCGCAAUCUAGAACUCGCAGCGGCAUUAGCAUCCUCGACAUCUUCCGUGUGAUGGUCUCUUUGGCAGUCGUCUCCUGCGGUUUAUCAUACUAUCUCACCGAAACUGUAACAUGGGGGUAUAACCCCUGGUUCACAAACUGGUCACAGCUGGUGCGAUAUGUUAAAGGCCCAAUAGCCUUAACGCCAUCAGAGCUCUCCCUCUACGACGGCACAAACCCCGACAGGCCCAUCUACGUUGCCGUGAACGGGACCAUUUUCGACGUGUCCGCGAACCCACGCAUGUACGGUCCCGGUGGUGGCUAUCACUUCUUCGCCGGGCGCGACGCAACCCGUGCGUUUGUAACGGGAUGUUUUGCUGAGGAUCUCACGGACGAUCUUACCGGUGUUGAGGAGAUGUUUAUACCUAUUGACGAGCCGGAGGAAUUGGAAAAGUUGAGUAGUGGGGAAAAGAAAAAGAGGCGCGAACAGGAUAUGCGGAACGCAAAAAAGAGGGUCGAGAAGCAAAUUGCGCAUUGGGUGGGAUUUUUUGGAAAGCAUCAGAAGUAUUUUGAGGUUGGGAGGGUUGUUAAAGAUGACACGGAGAAGGAUGAAAUGAAGGGGAAGAGGGAACUUUGCGAGGCAGCAAGGAAACAAAGGCCCAAGAGGGAGAAGAGUAAGAGUGCCUAA